AGGAUGGGGGCUAACCAGUUAGUGGUGCUCAACGUGUACGACAUGUACUGGAUGAAUGAAUACACAUCAUCUAUUGGAAUUGGAGUUUUUCAUUCUGGAAUUGAAGUGUAUGGCAGAGAAUUUGCUUAUGGUGGCCAUCCUUACCCUUUUUCUGGAAUAUUUGAAAUUUCCCCAGGAAAUGCUUCUGAACUAGGAGAAACAUUUAAAUUUAAAGAAGCUGUUGUUUUAGGGAGUACGGACUUUCUAGAAGAUGAUAUAGAGAAGAUUGUAGAAGAACUGGGGAAAGAGUAUAAAGGCAACGCCUACCAUUUGAUGCACAAAAACUGCAAUCACUUUUCUUCAGCUUUAUCAGAGAUUCUUUGUGGGAAAGAGAUUCCUCGCUGGAUCAACCGACUGGCCUACUUCAGCUCCUGUAUACCCUUUCUACAGAGUUGCCUCCCAAAGGAGUGGCUCACUCCUGCUGCACUGCAGUCUAGUGUCAGCCAAGAGCUCCAGGAUGAACUGGAAGAAGCAGAGGAUGCAGCCGCAUCCGCUGCCAUGGCAAGUGCUGCAGCUGGUGCCAGAACUGGGCGUCACACUAAACUAUGAGCAUCUCCAAAGUCACACCUUCAGAACUGUCUCUGGCAGUUGAAUAUCACUAGAGAAAAGAAAAUAGAGUAAAUGUCCUCUGGAUAUUUUGUAUGCAAAGAUGGCUCUCCCCCAAAUCCCAGUUUUUCAGCUCAGGAUUAUCUUUGUAGUCAAAAACAAAAACAAAAAAAAAAAAAGAAGAAGAAAAAUCACUUGGCGCAGGAGGGAAAACUUUAUAUGAAGCUGCCCUCUUUUUUUUUUUUAAUCCACUUGUAAAUUUGGAUUCACUUCCUCUGUUUUAUAUGAGCUCUGUUAAAUUACGUUUACAGUAUUUUGUAUCACUGUUUACAAAUCUUGCAUGGACUUCUGCCACCAUGAAAGAAGAAAAUCUUCAUCUUCAGAAAUUAGGCAGGUCAUCUUUGUACACAUCCUGAAAAUCGCCAGAACUACAGCAUAAAAAGUAGGCACUUGAAGAGGUACUUACAUGGUUACAGUUCCCAUCACCUGCUUAAGAGCUGUAUGUUAGAUUUGUAUUUGUUUUGUUACCAUUUUUGGUGCCCAGAUACAGGAAUCCAAACUGGCCUGACAUGAAGGAGCACACACACAGCCCGAGGGCUUGGAGCCCUGGGUCAGUUCCACUCCACCCCUUCCCAUUCUGAGUAGCACAUUUCCCAAGGUGCCCGUGGAGCAGCUGGUUCAUCCCAACUACGCCCACCUCAGCAGGGUGGUAUUCUUGUAUCUGCCUGGCUUGAUGCCUUGAUUCUAUAAUGAAGAUGUUUUCAUGGACGAUACUCUUACAACUGACAAGUGUUUUUGCACAUAUGUUGGGGAGGGGCUUCAUUUUUAUUUUAAUACAUACUAAACUCCUCCCUGCCCAGGAUGUUUUGGGUGGGGCGGGAGUAUCCUAACCUAGCUUCCUGAGCAGCAGUAUGAACUGACAUUAAACUGCUUUUUAACUAUCCAGGCUACCUUUUAUACUAGACGUUGAAAACUAGAGUCUAAAGAAACACCCCCCCAAAGGUAAUUCUUUAAUAUUUAAUACUUUGUGUACACCAUACCAGAAAUGACUUGUUGGAGUUUAUUAGUUCAUGAUGAGAGUAGUUUCGCCUCAUAAUAGAAAUUCUAUUUUCAUUGAUCUCUCAUUGAAAAGUCAUAUUUUUGUGUGUCUUAAAUUCAUCUUUUUAUGUUCUCUCAAAUGUGUGUCUCUUACAUAACAUAAUCGUAGGAAUGAAGUUGUCGCUACAGUUAAAUCUUCUUUAGUAGGGAAGUUGUCUGCUAGAGUCUACCCCCAGUUGACCCUUGGAUGUAAGAACCAAUCAUUACAUGUCACAAUCAAUGUUCUGCCUUAAGAGUGAGUGUCCUGUGUAAAGUAGUGGAUGCAGCAUAGAAACAUCCAAGGUACUGACUGCAGCUUUAGAUACUUCAUUAGUGUGAAAGUCACAUUUCUCUAUGUGAGGAUACAUAUCUUUGAGUAAAUUACAUCUUUAACUUUGCCAUGAGCUGAUUUUGAUUGAUACUUAAUGUAAGCACACCCUCUUUAGGGAAAGUAAACCUUGGGUUAUAAACACUGGCCUGAGGAAAAUGAAGCCACUUUGUGUUGUUUGACUGUUCUGUUUCCAGAGAGGAAAGUUGCUCUGCUCUGUGGGGGGCAGAGCCUGUGUUUCAGGAACCAUGCAGCAGGACAGAAUAUGCGGUCUUUAUGAAGAGUUGACUUAGUUCAGGUCUGAAAAUGAGACUUAGGACAAAACACUAAUGCUCUCCAGGAGGUUGUUCACUAAAAGAAGAGACCUAGCCCCCAAGCCCAGGUUAGUAGGUAAUGCUUGAUGUGGUUCACUUGGAGUUUUUUUUUUUAAAUUAAUAAUAUGGAUCAUGAUGUUUUCUAACCCAUUGAGAUAUGUUUUGAAUCUGCUGUUGACCCAAGGGAAUGGCCUCCCAGACAUUUCUGGGUAAAUAACCAGUAACAGCUCUUCUCUGUUCACUCAUAUUUCAGCAACUCAAAAUACAAGUGACUUGCUGGUCUCUGUAGCGUCUGAAGUGAUAUAAAGGUCUUCUGGGAAACCUGAAAGUGAGCAGGUCAGAUUCUGGACAUGAGGUUUCUUGCAGUCUAGUGUACUUUAUUAAGGUUGAAAGAGAAAGAAUCUCGUUUAGUGAGGACCUUUUCUACAGUGCAAAUUAAAAAUGGGUUUUAUUAAUUUUGCUUCUCCUGCCCUUGGAAGAAAGCAAUCUUGUUCUCAACCAGAACUCAUAAGAAAAAAAUUCCAGGUCAAAACUGUAGUCAUGAAUUUACAUGUGAUCCAUGGAGUCCAGUAUAGCUUCUGCAGUUGUAACCAAGUGAAACCAUUUCUCCUGGAGGGUUGAACAGUAAUAGCUGUAAAAGAUCAGACAGCUGUUUUCUGGUACUUGUUUUAAAUAUGCUUGGGUUUUUUAACCCUCACUGGGGGCAUCAGCUUUAGAAGUGUAACAUGGGACGGUAGCAGGUGGUGAUUGUCCUAGAGCGCCUCCAGGCCUGAGCUCCAGCCAACUAUUGCUCUGACUCACAGCAAUAGCAUCUUACCCAUCACCAGCAUCUUACAGAGCAAGGAAUUCCAGGUGUAGUCCAUUGAAAGCAUUGUGUGUAGAGAUCAGGCACCACCGACAGCUGCAGAACUCUUUCCAUGGCUUCUUCUGUCACAAGACGGCUAGAAACACAUUCACUGCUUCAGGACUCUAACCCAUGUGUCAUCUUAUAACUCCAUUAUAUAUUUCCUGUAGCUUUGGUAUAUGCUAUGUUUGCUUUAAAUGACUAAUUUUAAAAGUUAGUUUUUGUCAGCAGUUGGCCAUCCUGCCAUUGCACUUCAUUCUUGUCAGUAUGGGUUUGAGAGUGUAGCUCAAUUGUUAGACUUUCAUUAUCUCCUCAUUCUAUACACACACAUCCCCACUGUCAACAGUUGGGACAGCUGUCAGUGAAUCUUCAUGGACCUGAAGAGAAUUUCUUGUGAAGUUGAAUGCAAGUGUACUGUCAUUCAGUGUUUAUGAAACACCAGGAACCUUCACUUUUGCUACCUUGAUACAGCAUUGGGUUAUCAUGUUACAACAUUGAAAUACAUCAAUUUAUUAAAAACUACUUUUAUAAGAAAUGUUUUAUAGUUUCUUUCUGACCUCUAAGAGAAAAGGCUGUUCUGUGUAUUUGUGCUGGGAAGGGUUAUUUGUAAAUCCAGGAAUCCCAUCUGCUCUGCAGGAACGCGGCCAGCCCUUCUGUAUCAUGUCGUUCUUGUAUUCACAGCUUCCCUUACUCAAUGAUAAUUACUCUUGUGCACAAGCAGCAAUAGAAGCUCGGAUGUCUCAAGAAUGGAGACAGAGUGGACCGACUGGAAGACUUCCCAACCUCCUUUGAGGAAUUAAGUAGGAGCCUGUGUGUUUCUGCACCUUGUUUUCCAUUAGACUCCUCUGCGUGGUACCUCCAGCCUGAACCUUUGCCUUCACCUCCAUCGACCUUUUUGUACCUAGCUCAAUGUUUUCUCCCCUAUAUAAACUCUUCCCUUGAAUUAAGUUUUGUCAAGUAAAUUAAUAGUUUUUAUGAUCUACCAAGAUUUGUCCACUCUGCCAAAUAAGAGUGAUCUUCUAUAACUAGGCUGUUCUCACCUCAGGGACACUCCGUGGAACUCUUACCAUAAUUUCAUAAUAGAUUCAGAUCUGCUAAAAACAACUUAAAGGUCCUCCAUCUAAGAAGAAUGCCAGUAAUACUAGGGAACAGUAAUCUUUUUUUUUUUUUAAUUGUCCGUAAAUUUACCUGUGUAUUGACCUUGUUCCAACUUUUUGAAAGUCUAUGCUAAGGAAGGUGAAUGAUUUCCUGUACUUUCUAAACAGUAAAUGAGAAGCAAAAAGCUACUGAUGUUACUGAUAGGAAACAGAACUGCUGUCUUCCCUGUCAGCAUCUGCAGUUUAAACUACUAGCAGCCCUGCUGCUCAGGCCGUAGUCUAGGGGACUUCUGUGGCUCUGCCGCUGCUGCCAAAGGCAGCUUUAACUCAGUCUCUCUCAUUCUAAUAAAACUUGAGAUUCAAAGAGAGAGUAGCAACUGGCUAAUGUUCUUCUUUGCUGGCAUCCAGGAGCCUCUCUCCACAC